AUGGCGAAUGGGGGAAGAAACAACUUUGCAGAAAUGCAAAAUCCCUUAUUUUUACACCCUUCCGAUGGGCCUACGUCAGUCAGUGUCACGAAACUACAGGGUGCUAGCGAUUAUCGAAGCUGGAAACGUUCCUUGGAGAUUCAACUUUCUUCAAAGAGAAAGCUCGGAUUUGUCAAUGGGACAGUCCUCCGAAACACCACUGAUGAAACUCAAGGUAUGCAAUGGGAUACUUGUAAUGAUUUGGUCAUUUCUUGGAUACAUAAUAAUGUAUCUGAUACUAUACGCCAAUCUAUUCUGUUUAUCAACUCUGCUCAUGAGAUCUGGAAACACUUAGAGAAAAGGUUUCAGUUAAGUAAUGGCUCUCGCAAGUAUAAGCUAAACAAAGAUCUGUUUAGUCUUAAGCAGAAUAAGACAAAGAUAACUGAGUAUUUCACAACACUCAGUAGUAUCUGGGAAGAAAUUGACUCCAUGAAUACUUUGCCUCCUAUAACCACUGUCACGCCUGAGAUUUCAGCCUUGUUAAAAGCUAUAAACACCCAGAGAGAAGAGGCAAAACUUUUUGUGUUCUUGAAUGGACUAGACGAUGCCUAUAGUUCAUUGCGCAGUCAAUUGCUAAUGCGUCAUCCCUUACCUCCUGUUGAAGCUGCGUGCGCUGUGAUACAACAAGAAGAAUCACAGAUCGAUGUCUUGCAAAAUUUAGAUGUUGAAUUUUCUGCAAUGAAUACUACAGGGCCUCAUACCAGUGCUAGCCAGGGCAGGAUGGGUUGUGCUGAAUGUGGGGGCAAAGGGCACCAAACUGACAAAUGUUGGUCUAAAGUUGGAUACCCAAAAUGA